AAAUUAUUAUUUUUGGCGAAAAAAAUCACAGUGUUGUUUAAAAAAAAAAAAUUUACAAGAAAGGAUUAAAUUACAAGAAUAUUUUUUAGAAAUAAUUUAAAGUCUAUAUUUAAUUAUUAAACAUGUGGAGAAAUAUAAUAAUUUUAUCAUUAGCUAUAAUUGCUUGUGGGAUUGCAACCAACAUAUUGAAAGAGACCCCGGAAUAUAUUAUACCAUGUCAUAAAACUGAGGAUUUGGAAAAAUGUAUAACAACAGAAAUUGCUCACAUAAGACCAUUUUUAGCAAAAGGAAUUAAGGAAAUUGAACUUCCACCAAUUGAACCUUUUAUUAUGGAUGAAUUCACAUUGCAAUUAACUGAAGGCUCAAAUGGUUAUAAAAUUACUAUGAUGAAUAUUGAAGUUAGUGGUGCAAGUGGUUUUGAAGUUAAAAAUCUUAAAUUAACUGAACCGUUUAGUGCUACUGUUUCCUGCCCAGAAUUAAGAAUUGAAUCAGCAUAUACUAGUUCUGGUGUACUAUUAAUAAUUCCAGCUUCAGGUGGUGGAAAUUUCCAUGGACGUUUUGAGGGUGUUGUUGGCAAUUUAACUGGAAAAUUUUCAACAAAAAAAGUUGGUGAUUAUUCAUUUAUUCAUAUUGAUGCAUUUAAAGUAAAUCUUGAUAUAAAAAAAGCACAUAUGAGCAUAUCAGGAGCAUUUAAUAACAAUGAAGUUUUAUCAAGAGCAACAAAUCUUUUCUUACAAGAAAAUGCUGGAGAAGUUUUGCGUGCAAUGCAACCUCAAUUACAAAAGAAAUUGGCACAGGAAUUCGCUAAAAUUGCUAAUCAAUUAUUUAAACAUGUACCAGUUGAAAUAUUUUACGUAGAUUAAUAAAUAACGAAAUUCGAUCCUGCAUAUUCCUUCAAAUACCUUGUAUAAAUUUCCUUUUCUUUUUUCAUCUCUAAUCAACAGGAUUAAAAAAAAAAAACUCCAAGAGGAACGAAUUUUCAGUUAAUUUAAUUGUGAUAUUUUUUAGUGUUAAUA